CUCUAGUGACAAGUCUAUUGGGUCACGUGCCUUGAGAUUUCAGCUUUCUAGUUCGCCAGCAGUAGCGUGAAACAGUGCGACCGGCGCAAUUUCAUUCAGACAUCGCCCUUUUUGUCUUUUGUGCUCAUGCUCUCCGGUGCAACAUGGCAGCUGCAGAUCUGCAAUCUAUAACUGAGAAAUUUCAAAACUUGUCAGAAGAUGAUUUUAAGGAAGAAGAUACCAAUGUGUUCUUGGUCACCUGCCAGAAGUGCUUGGAGGAGGAAGAGGUGGCACUUUUACUUGAAAUAAUCAGAGAUGAGAAAAACCAGGCUAUCGUCAAGAACAUGGGCUGGAAUCUUAUUGGACCGAUUACAAAAUGCAUUUUGAGAUCCAGCAAUAAUGACACAAGCAAAAUCUGCUUGGACAUGAUUCAUUAUUUGUGUAUGCUGUGUAACCCAAAGGAGGUUUUGUUGGGUUUACUUGAACAAAUCGAUGAAGCCGCAGGUGAACAAAUAUCUCAGGUGGUUCUACUUCUGCUUCAGCCUUUACAAGAAGUGCUGCUGAAACUUGGCAAGAGAAAAGCCUAUUCGGUAGGACUGUCACUCUCCACAAUCCACUCUCGGAUAACUUGUUUGCCAGUGCCCUUCACCAAAGAACAGACCCAGGAGGACAAACAUGGUCUCUGCCAGUGCUGCUGUGCCAUGGUCCAGUUUACUAAACCUUUUGUUGACGUUGUAUCUCAGAGCAAAGCCUUAAUAAUAGAACCUGACACUGCGGAAUUAAGAAAAGAAUUGCUGGCUUUUUGUUUUAGUUGCUUGAAGUAUCCCUUGCUCACUGCACAGUUAAAUCUGUUUCCGGAAAACACUGAUGAUAAUCCUUUUUUCCAGUUUGCUAAAGACAUUUUGGGAACAUUCGUUUUGCUGGGGGAACCACUGUCUGUGGCAUUUUUACAGCAUGGCGAUAGGACCCCAAUUCUAGAAAUUGAAGAUGUUAGGCCGGAAGAAGGAAAAUGCACUGCAGAAACUUUUGCAUGUCUUUCGUAUCUUCUCUUUGUGCAACACAUUGGAUUGGAUGACUUCCCCUUUGUAUUUGGGCCAACAUUUCUUUUAAAGACGAAUAUGCAGCAUGUUGAUGUAUUGCUGAAAAGAACCGAGGAAUCCAUUUUAUCAAAAGGGCUUGAGUUGUUGGAGAACAGUCUGUUAAGAGUAGAAGAUGAAAGUCUUCAUCAAGACUUCUUAGAGAUUAAAGCAGUUCUUCAUGUGGUACAGGAUUUGGAGAAAGUGAUGACCCUUUGCCCUAUUGAACAUCUAAGAAAAAGGAGUCUAAAACUUUUACAAUUGAUGAUUGACAAAUUUGGGGAAGAAGGAAAGUAUAAGUUAUUCAGAUGCUUAUUUAAAUCAAGCAACCAUGCUGGUGUACAGGGUUACAUCAUUCAAAACAUAAAGAAUCAGAUAGAUAUUGCACUUCAGACAAACUCCAACAGCAAAUGGUUUUUAGGGCCUCGACUGACUCCACUUCUUCAUAUGGUUCUCUCUCUUCCUGAAGGAGCAGAAACUGAUCUUCUGCAGUAUUCGGAUAGGAUAAUGGCUUCACUAAAUCUUCUGAGAUAUUUAAUUAUCAGACAAGACAAUGAAGUUGAUACUAAAACUGCUGUGUGGACUGAACUUGGCAGAAUUGAAAAUAAUUAUUUAAAGCCACUUCAUAUAGGACUAAAUAUGUCGAAAGCCCAUUAUGAAGCAGAAAUGAAGAGCGCAAGUGAGAAAAAGAAAGGAUUGCAUUCAAAGAAGGCAAUUUGUUCUGUAACAGUUGGGGAAAAUAAACUUCCUGACAUGACUCCAGAAAUGCAGCUCCAGGUUCUUCGGUCAGCUCUUUUCACAUUUGAUUUAAUGGAAAGUGUUCUUGCCAGAGUAGAAGAACUCAUUGAAGUGAAACUAAAAUCUGCAUCAGAGGAGAAAAUUGGGUCAUGAUAAGAUGUUUCAAUAUUUUUAUGCAUUUUUGCCUAUGUCCUAGGCAUUAAACUAUUUAAUGUAGAAUAUAUCAUGUAUUCACAAAAAUACAGGGUUGUGUAGUAUUUAUUUUACAUAAAAGUUAUUUUUUUUUCUGGUUUGUGAUAAGUCUUACAAUAUAAUUUUCCCAUAGAACACUGUUAUUUAGAGACAUGAAAACUAAAUUAAUAAACAUCACAUACAAGGAGGUUUAAAAGAGAUGUGUCUUCUAUAAAAUGUUUUAGAUCUACUAAUUGUAUAUCAAUGCCUUACAUGCAGCGUUGAUCAGUCUUAAAGCACACCUGCACAGACAGAUUUUGGGUACCUUCAGCUGGCUUAUGUACAAGACCAAAAUUUUCACCUAAAUUGUAGACAGAUCUGAUUGGCUCUUGCUGAUAUAAAUAGGGCUGAACAGAAAAUUGCAUUGGCCGAAAACCACGUCAAAAUGUGUAUGUGGAUAGCUGUAUUUCUCUGGCCUCCAUGGUUGACCGGUGAGAAGUGCAGCUUACACUCCACAAACAUCCUCAUACAGAAAUCACAAACCCCUUGUUUUAAUUGGCUAAAAUAGUCUUGUUUUAAAGCGGACAAAUCCAGAGCUCCUAGUGAGUUUUUUUUUUUUUUCAUAUAUAUCUAAAAUUAUGAAGCAUCCAGAAUUUCUUUGUACCUCUCUCUCCUAAUAAAUUUAUUAUAACUUUUUUCUUAAA